AAAAUGAUUAAAAUAAUCUAAAAGAAAAUUCAAAAAAUGAAUAACUUUAAACAAAUUUAUUAGAUAAAAAUUUAACAAAAGAAGUUUUAGAAAGAUAUUCACGGUAAAUGCUCCUCCCAGAAAUAAAGUAUGAAGGAUAAAAAUAAUUAUAAAACUCUAAAGUUCUUAUAAUUGGAGCAGGAGGAAUAGGUUCUCCCGCAGCCUAUUAUUUAUCAGGAAUGGGAGUAGGAGAAAUUGGAAUUAUUGAUCAUGAUAAUGUUGAAGAAAGUAAUCUUCAUCGCUAAAUAAUUCAUAAUAAAGAUAGAAUAGGAAUUAAUAAGGCUUUGUCCGCAAAAAUGACAAUAGAAAGAUUUAAUUAGAGGAUAAAAAUAAAUGCUUAUUAAUAUUAAUUAACUCCUCAGAAUGCUUAAGAAUUAUUUAAAUACUAUGAUGUAAUUUUAGAUGCCAGUGAUAAUCCUAAAACAAGGUAUUUAGUAAAUGAUGCAGCAAUAAUAAAUAAUAAAAUACUAAUUUCAGGUUCUGCUAUAGGUUGGGAAGGACAAUUAACUGUUUUUGGUCAUAAUAAUGGACCUUGCUACAGAUGUUUAUUCCCUUAAUGUCCAAAAGCAGGAAGUGUGAAAAGUUGUGGAGAUGCUGGAGUUAUAGGUAUGAUUCCUGGUGUAAUAGGUUUAAUAGAAGCUAUAGAAUGUAUGAAAAUUAUAAUAAAAGCAACUGACAAUAAAGUUUUAUCAUAAAGGAUGUUAAUUUUUGAUGGUUAUGAGGGAACUUAUAAAGUUUUCAAAGUAAGAGGCAAGUAAAAAAGCUGCAUUGCUUGCGGGGAAAAUCCUUCAAUAUAAAAUGUGUAAGAUUUUAAUUAUGAUGAAUUUGUUGGAUCUAGUUGUACAGUUAAUAUUCCUUAGAAAUCAGAACUUUUUUAAGAUAUAACUUGGAAUAAUUUUAUUUAAAUUAAUUAAAAAUAAUAAACAUAAGCAAAGUUUAUUGAUGUUAGACCUCAAGGACAAUUUGAUAUUGUAAAUCUUAAAUUGUUUAAUUCUAUUCCUUAUACAGACAUGCCUGAUAUUAAAGAAGAAGAUUAUGAUGAGAUAUUUGGUAAAAAAGAUUAACCAGUUUAUAUAAUGUGUAGAAGAGGAAACAAUUCUAAAUUAGCUUGCGAAUUUCUUUAUAAAAAAGGAUAUAAAUGCCUGUAUAAUAUUGUGGGAGGAAUAAAUGAAUAUGGAAAAUAAUUCGAUAGUUAAAUUCCCUUUAUAUGA